GCACCUUGAUCGCGGGCUGGGUCUGCCGGCCUCGCCCUUCUUCCGGCAAUUCCUCGACCACUUCGGCCUCCAGCCGCACCACCUGCCGGCCAACGCGUGCGUCCUCCUGAGCUGCUUCGUAGCGUUCAUGGAGGCUUACGCCGGCUUGUGGCCCGACAUCGACUUCUGGAGCCGGCUCUUCUUCUUGAAGGCGCAGACCAACGACGGCCGCCUGCGAGCCUGCGGCGCCGCCUCGAUCUACACCCGGCCUGGUACGCCUUUCCCCAAGAUCCCCACCGUCGACUCGGUGAAGAACUGGCAAAUGUCAUUCUUCUACGUGCGCAACGAGGGGGAGCUCGUCGACCGGAUCAACCUGCCGGAGUUCAAUCCGGCUCCUCCAGUCGGCCGGAUCAACUGGAGCCACAACGCCCGCUCGACGGACCAGAACGCCGAGGUGAACCUGCUCUGGGAUCUCCUGGCGACAGCCACCGCCGGGCGGGCUGACCGCCGAAGAUCUUCUCUGCACUAUCGCCGAGCGCCGGGUGCUGCCGCUCCAGAUGCGCACCCACAAGAUCGGGCACAUGUCCGGCCGGCUCGAUCCGAACCGGACGUCUAAGGUGCCGCUCACCAAGGCCCAGGUGGCCAGCCGGGUGAACCACAUCACCAAGGCGAACCUGGCGGAGGACUGGAGCUACGGGCUGGUGCCCUGCGACAGGAACCAUCCACCGGCGCGGGUUUUUGAGCGCCAGAACGUCGAGGACGGCGACCUGGCGACGAAGAGGUGGACGCCGGAUCUCGUCGAUCCGGCUGACCAAGCCGGCGAUCACGCCGGCGACGACGACCUGCCGCAGGCGCCUGAUCUAGGCGGCCAGGGGGAGCACAAUCCGCCCCCUUCACCAGAGCACCAGGAGGAGGAGGAGCCGGCGACGUCCGGCACGGGGCCAAUCCCCGCCGUGCCUCUGCGCUCGAGGCCGCCAAGCACCACGGCGACUUCGGCGCCCAAGGGCACGAAACGAGCCGGCUCCACCGCCGCCUUGGAGGCGAAGGCGAAGAAGCAGCGCCGGCAGCAGCCGAAGAAGGUCCCGGAGCAAGCCGGGGCCCCUAUCAAGUUUGCCCAGGGCGGCGGCUCCCGGCAAGCUCCGCGCGUUGUGUCCCCGCUUCCGCGCCAGAGGAGGGAGCAGACGCCGCAGCCUUCCUCGCGCGCACCUACGCCGCCGCCGCCUGCGACAGGGGCUUCUUCCUUCGCCGUGCCGUUGGCCUCCGCGCCAGAUCGCGGCACGCGGGUCGAGCCAACGCGGCAGCCGACGCUGGACGACAUGUUCCCGCGCCGGACGCCUCUUCUCGGACCCAGCCGCCGGGGCCGGGCGGGGCAUGCCGCCUUCAAACGGAGCCGGAGCCGGCGGGGCUGCUCCUAGGACCGGCGCCGGCAGGGCCGCGCCGCCGCGGCCGGAGCCGGCAGCAGGCCCACCGUGGUGGAGUUGGACGAGAG